AUGAGGGUCUCUCUUUGGACUAUCAGCGUUCUCUCGUUCGUUCUUUGGACUGUGAUUGAUGAAUGUUCGGGACAAUUUUAUGGGGAUCGACGGUGGUUGACUUUUAGGAAGAAGGAUCGGCUUCGAAAAGAUGGACAUAAAAAACAUCAUUUGACGUCGAUAGAGAAAUAUAUGAAAAAAGCUAGGAAUAUAAGACAUUAUUAUGUGGCUGCUAUCGAGGUUGAUUGGGAUUAUGCCCCGCAAGGAAAUUUGUUGGGAGAGAGAGCCGAAGAAUUGGCUAGACGAUAUUUUCAGGUCAGCCGCAAGCCUCUUCGCUUAGGGAAGGUAUUCAAGAAAGCCAUAUUCAGAGAGUUUACAGACCAUACUUAUACAGUCAUGAAAGCCAGGGAGCCAUGGCAAGGAAUUUUGGGCCCAACUAUUCGAGGGGAAGUCGGUGACAUGGCCAUCAUCCACUUUUGGAACAACGCUUCGAUGCUGUUGUCGAUGCAUCCUCACGGUUCACGGUACAUCAAAGUCCAUGAAGGUGCUUUGUAUGAGGAUAACACAGAUGAAUCUGAAAAAGUAGACGACCGUGUGCCUCCUGGCGGACAGCACACGUACCACUGGUUCUUUAUUCCAGAAGACGGUCCUACGCCGACUGACGCAGACUGUCUCACCUGGAUGUAUCACUCGCACAGGAAUGCCGACACGGACAUUCAUGCCGGUCUCCUGGGCCCAAUCAUUGUCUGUCGACAAGGCACCUUGGACAUGUACGAUCGACCCAAAAAUGUUGACAAAGAUUUCAUCCUAGUGUUUAUGAUCUUUGACGAAAAUGACAGUUUAUACAUUGACGAGAAUAUUGACAGGUUGGCGCCAGAUCUCAGCGAAGAGGAAAGACAGCGGCUUAGGAUGGACAUUAAUUUUAGAAGAUCAAAUAUGAUGUUCUCCGUCAAUGGUCUGGGUUUUGGCAAUUUGCAAGGCUUGGACAUGUGCCUGGGUGAUAAAGUAGGAUGGCAUAUUGUCGGCAUGGGCAAUGAAGUUGACGUGCACAGCAUCAGCUUUGAAGGACAAGUAUUCACUGUUAACGGCAUGACAACUGAUAUUAUCAGUUUAUUCCCAGCAAAAUUUACUACAAGUUUGAUGAUUGCCAGCAGAGAAGGAACCUAUCCAUUUAGGUGCGAAGUUGGAAUUCACGGAAUAGCUGGCAUGGAGUCAUACUUCACCAUCAACUCCUGUCCUCAUUCCCCUCACGUGCAGCCGAAACUUAACGGUGUAGUGCGAGAGUAUUUCAUCGCCGCUGAAGAAGUAGAAUGGGAUUACGCUCCAUCCGGAAUCAACAAAUUCAAUGGAAUGGCUUUGGAAAAAGACAAGUAUGCUUCUGUAUUCUUCGUCCGAAACGAAACCAGAAUUGGCGGGACUUACAGAAAAGUGGUUUAUCGAGAAUAUGCUGAUCCUGCUUUUACACUGAAAAAGACUAGAGGAUAUGAUCAGGCUCACUUGGCAAUGCUGGGACCAACCCUGAGAGGCGAAGUCGGCGAUCUGAUAAAAAUCGUCUUCCUCAACAAAGCAACGAAACCGUACAAUUUGCACACACAUGGUGCCUAUUACGAGCCUGAUGCAGAACCAGUUCAUCCGGGUACAACUAAAACUUACAACUGGGCUGUCGCAGAACAAUACGGCCCGACCCCUACAGAUCCCGAAUGCCUCACUUGGAGGUACUACUCCAGUGUUGACGUCAGUCGGGACAUGUGGGACGGUGUCAGUGGGACACUCCUCACUUGCAGACCUGGAACGUUAGACAGAAGUGGAAAACAGAAAUAUGUGGAUAAGGAAUUUUCUCUUCUAUUUGCUGUUAUGGAUGAAAGCCAGUCCCAUUAUCUGGUGGAAAAUAUUUUGGAGUAUACAUACCGGCCUGACCUUGUGAAUACCACAGAUCCCAUGUUCAUUGAAUCAAAUCAGAUGCACGCAAUUAAUGGAAGAGUUUUUGGAAAUCUGGAAGGCCUUAACAUUUGCGUCGGUGACAAAGUCAGUUGGCAUCUGGCUACUUACGGAAAAGCUAUUGAUUUGCACACACCAUACUUUCAUGGCAACACUUUCCAAGUUACUGGAAAAUUCAGAGAUACCAUCAAUUUGGCUCCAAGCACACAUUAUACAGUGGUCAUGCAUGCUGAUAACCCAGGUACCUGGGCCUUGGACUGCAGAACUAACAAUCACUUUGCUGGAGGUAUGCGUGCCGUCUACCAUGUAGAUGAUUGCGGAGGAUCGAAAGAAUUCUUGCACCGUGACAUAUUUUAUGAACCAAAGAAAGUUCGGGAAUAUUUCAUUGCUGCCAUUGAGGUCGAGUGGGACUAUGCUCCUAUUAACAGACAUAUAGUUGAUGGAUCUGACCUCUUGAAGAAUGAAGAAAGCAGAACAUUUGUCGCCAAUGGACCCAAUAGAAUUGGACGCAUUUACAAGAAAGCAGUCUUCAGAGAGUUCACUGACUCAACCUUCACCUACAUGAAACCCAGAGGCAAAGACGAGGAGCAUUUGGCCAUUCUAGGACCUUACAUAAGGGCAGAAGUUGGUGACCUCAUUCGUGUCGUUUUCAAGAACAUGGCAAGCAGACCAUACAGUAUGCACCCGCAUGGUGUCCUCCUGGAAAAGUUCGAAGGUUUUGAUGAUCUUGUUGAAGAGGAUGAGCAACCUGUGGCUCCUGGAGACACUUUCAUCUACGAGUGGCCGGUUCCUGAGCGGGCUGGGCCUGGAAGAAACGGAUUUAAUUGCAGUUCUUGGGCUUAUUAUUCAGCAGUAGAUGUUGUGAAAGAUACAAAUUCAGGACUCAUAGGACCACUUAUUACUUGCAAGCCUGGUACAUUGAGCAGUAAAGGACAUCGACGUGAUAUGGACCAUGAAUUUGCUGUGCUCUUCACAAUAUUUGAUGAAAAUCGAAGUUGGUACAUCAAAGAAAACACAUAUAAAUAUGCUACACGACCUGAAACUGUAAAUCCUUUGGAUCCAGGUUUUAUUUUAAGCAACAGAAUGCAUGCCGUGAAUGGAAAAUUAUACGGCUCUUUAGGUGGUCUAGUGGCCAAGCGAAACACAUUGGCAGCUUGGUAUCUCAUCGGCAUGGGAACAGAGGUAGACAUGCACACGGCCCACUUCCACGGACAAACAUUCUUGAGAAGAACGGAUAGCACUCGAAGAUCCGAUGUGGUGUACCUUUUCCCAGGUAUCUUCGAGACAGUUGAAAUGAUCAUGGACAACCCUGGCACGUGGUUCCUUCAUUGUCACGUGGAUGAUCACAUGAGAGCUGGAAUGGCUGUUACGUAUACCGUUGAGCGUUGA